CUGUCGUCACCUUCCUAGGAUUAAACUGAAUUCUCCAGCUAGCUGCGGCCCCUCAUUAUUUUCGCGCACCCCUCUCUCUGUACUCGAAUAAUUUGAAACUGCUACUGUAGCAGCGCAGCUUAUUUGCAUCGCGGUUUCUCUUCUACUGAGCUGCUUGGUGUUACCACUGUACUAUUAUACUUUUUCCACCUGCGAUUUGCAUUUGACUAUGCCGCGCCACACUCACUCCGCUCGUUGCUUUGAUAAUUCUCUGUUGCAAGAACAGCUGCACGUGCUCACCCGCAACAUCGCUCCGCAAGUUCGGGUCAACAUGUCGUUUUCCCUAUCUGGUUCCCGGAGCUCUUCGCCGAACUGCGAAAGCAUUUACAUCGAGCACGGGACGAACGAGGAGCCAUUGAGAUUACCAAGGAAUCUAGCAGCUUCUUCGAGCUUCUUUCCAGGACGUCAAAGAGCAGCCCCUGCGGGGAGUUCGUGAUCGAUGGCCAAGCUUCGGGGUACCACAUUCUCCUCAUUGACACCAGCAGCCGGUAAUGGAAAGCAUAUUAUCGGGGACGACGAGAUAUUUAGUUACCCACCAGUACUUCUAGGGGGUACAGCUAUCCGCAAUGUAGCAACAUCAGAUUCUUCGACUGCGGCAUCCACGGGUACUAGUACGAGAAGCAAGAUGCCGGCUGGUGGAGUAUUAGGCGCAGGUAGUACCAGUACGUCGAGCUCCGUGUUGAAAAAUGGAGCGAGCGGGGCAACCGGGAACACGAAUAAACGUCAGCACCUGGAUCCGCUGGACCCGCAAGUGGCUGCGGAAAUCCCGUCCUUCGGCGAAUGGUUUGACUGGCAAGAGGACGCGGAUAUUCUUGCCGACAAUGUUGGGGACGAAACUUCAAAGAAGUCCGACUUGCCGGACAGUGUAAUGAAGGAGAUCAUGCUCUCCUGGAGACUCAGAAAACCGUAUGUUUUGUUGAAUUCUGUUUCUUAAUGAAAUUUUUCGUUUCGAGGAGGUGUCGUUGUGCUGACCUAAAGAAGUUUUUUGUGGUCCACAACAAACCAAAAAUGAGGCUGGAAUUAUAAAAAUGGUGCACUUGUUCGUUCAUAAAUUAAUCACCACCUCCAGGUACCUGAUCUACUGUUGCAUUCUUGGCGUGGCGUCCUUCGCUCUGCUCCUAUUGACCGCGUAUUCCAACAUGUCCAGAAGCACGCAACAGGGAGGAGGUGCUGGUGCUGGCACCGGUACAACUGUUAGCGCGGUGGAACAACAGCAGCACCAGUCCUCCACCUCCAGCAAUAUUAAACUGCAGCCACACUACCACUGGGCACUGGAGCUGGCGGAGAUUAUCAUCGGCCUUUGCCUGGUCGUGGAAACGCUCGUCACCUGGUACACCCUGGGCAACCGCGCCUUCUUCGCGUCCCGGUGGUGCAGGUUCGAUUUCGCGGUCAGCUUGGGGACCACGUGGAUCGUAUGAAUUGUAAAAAUGUCUGGGUGUGGUUCUGGAAGAUUGCCAGAUUUGUCAUGCAGGUUUUCCAUGACCCAUGAGGUCUCGUAUGUAGGACCCAGCGUGACAGAUUCUGCGAGACCUUUCUAAUGCCUGCUAACCUGCAUGGGAAACUGCCUCUCGAUUAGGUCAAAAGUGCACAGCUUUUGGCAAUCACGCAACACAGUUUUUUGCCUGAUUCAGAUUUAGCAUGACAAGUCGCAACCAUCCAGAUCCAGACAUGUUUGUAGUUGAUAGAUCGUGUUGCUGGAGUCCUGGGACCGGUUUGAUUUCAUCGAGGAGUACUUUGAAAUGCCGAUUUUGAUCCUGCGGUUCGGCCUGCAACCGCUGCGGUUGAUCCAGACCGCGCACAUUAUCCGCAAAGCGAGGCAGAUGCAAAUCACGCAAAACAGCACACGGAUUUUCUGGGAAAAGCUGCCCACGGAAGAGCCGCACUUUUCUUCGUCAACAUCAUCCUCUUCGGCGAUGCAUUCAGCCUCGUCGGGGAUGAACAACAACAAAACGCUUUUCCGCGGCAUGAUCGGCGCGAAGUUUUUCUCUUCUGCUGGAGACGCGUCCUAUGAGUACGAGCAGGUCGUUCCUGGGAACUCCAGUGGCAGACACGCGCCCAGCGACGUAGAGCCGGAUGGCACGGGGCGGAGUCUGUUUUCCGCGACAUCUGCAUCAAGUGCUGGUCAGCACAAAAAUAACUACCACCGAGGUCAACAACAUCUGUUCAGCGACCACCACGAUAUUACGAGGAGUGCGUCCUCCAGUAAGGACUCGCUUUCGACGCACCAGAGUCAUGUGGGAAAAAUUGUGGAGCUGCAAGAGGUAGUUGUGUCGUCAGCUUCCACUCCCCCAACGGUGGGCCCUGCUUCUUCUUCAAAAGGUGGCUUUUUUCUUGGCAGUUCAAGUUCUUCUGCUGGUGCAACUUCUACUGCAAGAAACAACAACGCUAAAGUAGAACACUACUCGUUUUCAGGUCCGGGGCCGUUCUUGAGCGGCGGCAUCGAACACCAGGAUCUCCUCGGGGCGGGGUCAGCUUCGAGUCCGGUGCAAGCUGAGCAGGACGACGGGCAGCACUGCAGCUUCCGGGCGUUUUUACCCGCGCUCAUCGAGUUUCUGCCCCUGACGCUGCGGUUCGCAGAGUGGAGGUUACUUUUCAAGCCCCAAGUCCACGGGUUUUCGCACUUUCGCUUUCUCAAACUGCUGGAGGAGCACGACGGGGCGGUGGUGCUGCUGGUGCGCGACUCGCAAGGCUGCGUGUUCGGUGCAUUCACCGAGCGGCUGAAACCACACUCGGAGCACAGGGAGCUCUCCUUUGUGUUUACAUUUGGGAAACAAGAUACUAGUUUAGCUUCACCUCCGGGAUCUACAUCGUCCACCAACAGUCGCGUAAGUAGCGGCCGGCGCCAGCAGCACGCACACUUGAGUAUCGAGAUCGAGGAUGAUAGCGGAGAUACUACAGGAGCUACGUCUAGUAGUAGGCCUCCCGCAGCAACAGUCGCUUCUGAUUCAUUUCAUACGACCGCGCCGGCGCUGCCUGGAAGUCCGCAGUUUGUCGCCGCCAGCCUGUUGAAGACCAACAAGAAUUUUUCCCCGGGUACUAGUACUUCCUUCCUUCCGGGAGACCACCAAAAUGCUGCAUUCGCGCCGAGAAUCCGCGUCGGAUUCUACAACAGCGUGCCCGACCUCACGUCGAGUGCUUCGCAAAAUCGCGUGGUCGGCCGAAGCACUUCCAAGGGAAACGAGCUACCGGCGGUCCUCUUCGAAGAGUCUCUGUUGUGCUUCGGGGAGGCCCUGAUCCUGCAGAUCGACCAUUUGCUGCGCGGUGCGUCCAAGCCCUGCGCAGCGUACGGACUGAGCGAGGCCCUGACGGCGACGCAAGACUUCGUCAUCCAAGACCUUGAGCUGUGGCGGUUCGAGAACUAG